AUGCUCCUCCAACUUGGGGCUCUCCUCCUGCUCCUCCUCGGCUGCAGCUAUGCGGCUGAUCCGGUGGCGGACAAGGUCACCUCCCUGCCCGGGCUCUCCUUCAAAAUCGACUACGGUGUCUGGUCGGGGUACCUGAAUGCGGGGAAUAAUGGGACGUGGAAGAUGCACUACUGGCUCGUCGAGUCGAAGAGCAACCCGAAAACCGACCCGAUCUUGGUAUGGUUUAACGGAGGACCCGGCUGCUCCUCGUUCGGCGGCAUGUUCGAGGAGCUAGGCCCCUUCUACGUCAGCCAGGACGGGAAGACGUUGUUUGAGAACAAAUUCUCGUGGAAUCAGAAAGCCAACGUCCUGGCCCUGGAAUCCCCCAUUGGGGUCGGCUUCUCCUACGACUCCAGCAACCUCAACUACUCCACAGCCAACGACGUGCAGUCGAUGAACCAGAACUUCGCGGCGUUGAACGACUUCUUCAAGAGCUUCCCUGACUACGCGAAUCGUGACUUCUACUUGUCCGGAGAAUCUUACGCUGGUAUCUACAUUCCGAUGCUCUCUGCCGUCCUGGCGGAAGGCAUCGUUGCCAAGACGUUCGUGAACCCAAAUUUCCAGGGUGCCGCCAUUGGGAACGGCUACAUGCACAUCCAGAAGCUGUACAACUCGCUGGUGCUGUGGUCGGCUUAUCACGGUCGCGUGUCUCCGCAAGAAUGGGAAUACGUCAAGACCACCUGUAAUGCCGGGGCUACUCGGCCAAACGACCCCGAUACGUACAACUAUUUCAACUACUUGAAGACCACCACUUACCUCGAUUUCGCCUCCGAUAAUUCGACCUGCGGAGAUAUCAUCUACCGUAUGACUUCCGUGCCCAGAUCUUCUGACCCAUACAAUUACUACCAGGACUGUUUCGCUAGCAAGUAUGCGGAUGGAUAUACUGGAGCUUCUGCCUCCCGACCAGCGCACCCGGCCCAGAUGAAGCGCAUCAGGAGGAAACGGGAGGCAGCUCAACCUGGUGUGAAAGCCGAUGUCACGAAUUUGGCGGCCGGCUUCAACUACGAUUCUUCCGAUCCCUACCAAGGCUACGCUUGCUAUGGAUCACCGUACAUUUGGGCGAAUACGCAGGAGGUUCAAAAGGCGCUGAACAUCGCUGACGACUGGCAAAAGGGUGGGAUGAAGUGGCAGGAUUGCAGCGACCCCAUCUACCAACAGUAUACCGUCACCUACAACGACCAAACCCAAUUCUUCGAGCGCUUCUUCAAGGCAAAUACGAACACAAAAUUCCGCUUCCUCGUCUACAACGGCGACGUCGACACGGUGUGCAACUACCUGGGCGACGCCUGGUUUAUUGCCGACUACGCGGCGGCCCACGCGAUCAAGGCUGACGAUCGCAUCGACUGGUACUUUGCCGGGCAGACGGCCGGCUACUCCCAGCGUUACAACGAUAAUUCUGGAGUGACGAUUGACGUCGUCACGGUCAAGGGAGCCGGCCAUUUCGUCCCUACCGACCGACCUGGCGCUGCUCGCCAGAUGAUCACCAACUUCAUGUUCCCUAGCCAGGCAAAUGGGAGGCCCGAUUAUAAUUCGACGGCGAACGUCGACCCCUACCCUACCUUGGCUCCAAUCCUAAAUGGUGGACAAAGUACCGUAUCGCCCGUCCCGACGACUAGCUCAACUAUUCAAUUGUCCUAUUUUGCCCCACUUUUGCUCAGCAUUUUCUGCGUGCUCAAAAAUAUUCUG